AUGGCAUACGAAAAGCUAUACCAGUACGCUAUAAAUGCUAUAGCAAAUAUCCUACCGAUAGAUAAGGACCUGUGUAAGGAGAUGGUCACAUAUGCCCUUUCGCUACCGUCUGAACAUGAGCUAGAGAGCCACUUCCUAGACCUUCUUGGGCCUAGCGAUGACACAUUCAGUUUGAUCCAUAACUUCAAGCAGUUGAAAAAGGAAGAAGAUACCAAGCGUGAGGAUGAAGAAAGGCUUGCUCAGAUAAGAGAAGAAAAGGCCAGGGCUAAAGCUACUGCUAAUAGCGCAGUUAAAGGCAAGAAUGCAUGGGCCUCAUCUUCGUCAUCUGAACCGAAGAAAAGCUCAGAUUCAAGGCUCAAGAACAAUAAAUCUUCUGUGACUACUUCAGAACUUGCAGAUACAAAGCCUUCCAAUAAGCUUAGCGCUUCGAAUGCCAAAAAGACGAAGAAGAAGAACCUUGACAACCUCAGAGAUAUAGAGGCUGCCCUCAAUGACCUCGAGGUGGAGAAAGCAGCCACCGAGCUCGACCAAUCACUGAAGAAUACUCGCCGUGUUUGCAAUUGCAUGGCAACUAGACAUCCACUCUUCGAGGUGGCUCCAAAUUGCCUUAAUUGCGGCAAGAUCAUUUGCUCCAAGGAAGGCUUGCAACCUUGCUCCUUUUGCGGGCGGGAACUUCUAUCCGAUAAGGAAAAGCAUGAGAUUAUCAACAUCCUAAAAUCAGAAAAGGGUCUUCUCGACGUAAAGAAGGAAAGGCCUACUGAUAAAGCAGUACAGCAACAGCCCUCCCAUAUGAAACCCAAGAAGGGUAUCAAAGUUUCGGUUGGAACCGGCGAGAAUCUUUGGAAGGCUCAAGAGGCUGCUUUGAAGAAGGCAGAUGAGGAGAGGAGAAAGCUCAAUGAAAUGAAAGAGCUUGAUGAACAAAAGAAGAAAGAGCUCGAACAGCAAAUUAGUGAACUUGAGCAUUACGAGAAGACGAAAGACAUUAACCCAGAUCUUCUAAAGGCACAAGAGAGACUUAAUACUCUCCUUGAUUUCCAAGCGACUGGAGCAGAAAGGACAAGAAUCAUUGAUAACGCUGCUGAUUUCGAAAUGCCACUGCAAUCCAGUGGAAGCAUGUGGCUAUCACCAGUGGAAAGAGCUCUCCAACUUAAAAAACUGCAGAGACAACAACGGAAGUACGAGGAGCAAAAGAAAGAGAGAACCGGUAGAACAAAGAAGGUCAUGGAAAUGGUCAUUAGGGACGGAAAGGUCAAGAUGGUGGAAAGACAUGUUGAAGCUGACACUACCGAGCAUGACGACGAGAUCAAGGAUCUACAGGAAGAGAUUCAACAGGAAAAAAUUGAUCAAGAGCUUUCCAUGGCUAAAAAUACUUGGGAUUACGAAAACGACGAUAAAAAGUGGGCCAGACCGGUCUACGUAGGUAACGAUAAACCUACGGCAGAACAGGAUGGAUCUACAAUACCCCGUCAUUCAAAAGUGCAGUUUGGUGACGGUCUUGAUCAUGAUGAAUUACUCGUUGCUAUGCCUUCGUGA